GAGAAGCAUUUCGGACUGGAAGAAUGUUUAUUGGUUGUUUUUGUGUGAAAAUUUGUGACAAUUAUGAGGUUAGCAAUAUUGCCUGAAUGGUCACCGACGACAACUCGAGGGCUGCGGCGCCUGAAAUCUUUCCAUCGCCAGUGACCUGUGUGUCAGACAUGACCGUAACAAUAGAAUGAGUGUCCGAAGUUGAAAUUUUCCCGACGAUGUGCUACUUUUACUAACAGUGCGGAAUCCUUUUCGGUUCACAGUGCAAAAGAAGUAUUUAAGAGAGAGAGAGAGAAAGAUAAAGAAUUUGAUGAGUGGACUUGAGUGGUUAUCGGAUUAAUUUAGGGCAAAACCUAGUUUAGGCUAUUAAAAGAAAAAUCUUUUUAUGUGAUAAUAUAAAAAUUGAGAAACUGCGAGUUUUUCAUCCCAUUAAAUGCCGAAAUUUUGAAAUUUAAAGCGACGUCUGGAGGUAUAAAUAAGCAAAUUGUAUAGAGUGGCCAUUAUGCGACAUGUGAAAAAAUUGCGUUUAUUGCCUCCUAUAUGAGUAAAAACGGCGCUUUUUUUCGUCUCCUUCUAACCAUACUCAUUUUAUGCACAACACGAAUUUGAUUUAAAACGUGCAUCAUAAAAGCGACGUGGAGUGUCCGAUCGCUGGCAGAGAUCUCCGCUAAUUAUGACAGUUCUAUUUUUUCGAAAGUUUUCUCUGCCCAUGUUAGAGAUCGCCAGAGAAAUUCAGUGAAGAUCGAAGGGUAUUUAAUGAUAACAAUUUUAACGGGUGAACACAUAAAAAGAAUUUAACGGCGAAGAGUAGCCGAGGUGAGAGACACAGUCUUGAGCUUCUGGGACAGACUCUGAGUGAAUUGUGUUGUUUUUUGGGGAUUGUGGCAACUCGACGGCACCCCAAACGGAGCUCUACACCAUGGAUAUGACAUCAACGGCGGAAGCCGCUCGGUGGUACGACAACCCACGCCUGGGCGGCUCGCCGAACGCCGGGGCCGCGGCCAGUGGCGCCCACCAGGCGGCCACCGGCGGCGUCGACACGUCCGACAUGGGCGCCUUCUACGCGCUGGAGAACGGCGGACACCGGAGGUACUACUCCACCGGAUACGCGCCUCACGACACAUUUCAUCUUUCAAGCCGAGCCGCUCAUUCUGCACACCAAUAUUCGUUACAGUCUAGAUCGUCAACAUCUAGAAUGCCAUCAUCUCAUACAUCACCGCAAGUAUGUAGGCCACAUUUUCAUGCACCUAUCCCAUGGUUGAGCGAACCAAAGCUGUCAACGCCCGGCAGUCCGUGGGGAAAUCCUUUCGCCUGUCCGCAAGAUCCACAGGACAAGGUUAGUCAAGUGCAAAGUCAUCAAACGGGUCAACAUUUGUUCUCGUUUCCACCCACCCCACCGAAGGACUCCACACCUGAUUCAGUACAAACGGGACCAGCAGAAUAUCAGGCGGCAGUGAAUGCAUUUAUGCAUCAAGCGCAGGCGUCCACAACUACCUCAGUCACGACGGGCGAGACGAAUUGUGCGCUGGACGUGAAGCCCCAGAUUCCAAAUGGGGCGCAAUCCACCCCCAAGCAGCGCGAAGGUACGGCGUCGGCCAACAACAACAACACCACCAAUAGCAAUAAUAACAAUAGCAGUAGCGCGAGCUUAAACGGCAGCGGCGGCCUGUUCGACGCCUCUCAGAGCGCCGCCGCGGCCGCCUAUGCCGGCUAUGAGAGCAGCGGCUAUGGCUACCACCAAAGUGGCGCCGGCACGUUCCAGGCGGGCCCCACGCGGCCCACAAUGAACAGUCCGCACACGAAGCCCCAGCGAAAUAAAGCAAGAACGAGCGCUGAGGGUAGAGAAUGCGUAAAUUGCGGUGCAACCUCAACGCCACUGUGGCGAAGAGACGGUACUGGACACUAUUUGUGUAACGCCUGUGGAUUGUAUUAUAAAAUGAACGGACAAAAUAGACCACUUAUUAAACCGAAACGAAGACUGUCACUCCAAAGUGCCGCCAGAAGAGCGGGAACCUCUUGUGCAAACUGCAAAACUACAACAACAACCUUGUGGCGACGAAAUUCAAGCGGUGAACCCGUCUGCAAUGCCUGCGGACUCUACUUUAAGCUACACAAUGUAAACCGGCCAAUGACGAUGAAGAAGGAGGGUAUUCAGACGCGCAACCGUAAACUGUCGUCCAAGUCCAAAAAGAAGAAAGGCGGAGGCGGGUGUAUCCCACUCGGUGGUCACCUGGGACUCGGUGGUGGCGUCGGUGACAUCAUGAAGCCUUUGGAUCCGUCCAAAGCUUUCGCCGGCAGCUUUUCGGCCUCAAUGGGACAACACGGCCACUUGUCGGGAGGACUGCAUCCCGCCCAUGCUCACAUGCACAGCGGCUGGUAUGCGAGCGGAAUGGGGGCGUUGGGCGCCUCUGGGAGUCUACAGGGUGGCUUCUCGACAACAGGGAGCCUCGGAGGCGGCGUAGUUCCACAUUCGCAAUCCUAUCACCUCGCAGGACUUGGCUCAAUGGGUUCUUGGCGGUCAGAUUACACGUGAUGGAGUGAUAACAGCCUAAAUAGUAAUAUCUUCACCUUUGGAGCAUCAUCAGCAUCGUGUAGCAAAACACUACAAAAAUAUGAAUCAAGUACAAAUUACUGAAUUUUCUUGCCUGUCCUUCUCGCUCGGCAUUCUUCCCGUUUCUUCGUUCGCCUUGCCUUCUGGGGAAUUACAAUUGCAUACACAAAGAUUCACCACCCUUGACUGCCAAUUGAGGAAUUUCAACUUCCACAUUUUGGGAAAUGUUUGACAGUGAGACACCUUCAAGUUUGAGCGCUACAGAAGAAUUCUGGCAUCAAGCGAAACAUGUGGAAUUGUGAAAUAUUACUUUUUGUGGUAUUACGUAAAGAAAAACAUCAGCUAAACACUGACCAUCCAGCCAACAAAACAAUGAAAAUGAAAAGAUAAUGAAAAUACACCCAAUUUAAUUUGAAAUUCAAACAGAACACCUUAUAAAUUAUUUAUGGCAGAAAAAAAAAUAUUACACGCAGAAGAAAAACGGUAUUAUGUUAAAAAUAGUCAAUUGUGGAGUGGAUAAAAAAGAGAGAAAAAUAUUUGCAAUGUACAAAGAAACUUGAUGAGAUUCAAAUUUUAACCAGAAACAAAUAGAUUCACUUACUUCUACUUAUGCUUUAUGAAUGAUUUUUUUUUCUAUUUUUAAAUCCUUUUCUUGCAACUUCUCUGAUUUCGCCAAGAAAAGUCCUUGAGACUCUGUGGGAUGUUGCGGGGUGUGCGUGAAUUCACGCGGUGCGUAAAGGGGAAAACAGUCUUGAUAAAUUUUACAAAAUACCUGUAACCAUUUGUUCAAAUUGUGCAAUGCUCCCUCCCUAAUUUAAUUCUUACUAGUAAUUAUUAUUUUCGUGUAGUAAUUAGAGAUGCAGCUUAUGUAAUUACAAAACAUACAACAAUCAAGAGUGACAUUGAUGUCCAGAGAUGUAUUAAACCACCAUUAUUAUCAAAUGCGAUGUAAUACGUGUAAUGAAGAGAUAAAAGAUACUAAAAGACACAAUUAACAAUACAAUGGAUGAAAGUCUAAUACAUUAAAGUGACUAUUCUAAAAAUGAAAAUUACUUUUCCUGUUACAUUGAGAACAUGAGAUGAGAAAACCAUCAUUUACUAGACGUAAAAACACAUAAAAUGCACUUUGCAACUGCAAUGGCUGCAGAGAACUAAAAUUCGUCAUUUAACUGAAGAAUAUAAAAUCAUGAAAGGAAUGUCUGGAAACCUAACUAUGUACAUAUUUAACCAAUACUAGUGGUAAUGAUGGAAAAGAGGAAAAGAAAUCCGCAAGAAGAUGAUGUGCAUACUAACGAAGUGACAAACCAUUCUUCUUGUCAAACAAUAUAAAUUAUAUACAAAAAAUAUGAUAAAGAAAAAAAACUUGAAAUUGAAAAAUAAAUGAAAAGGAUGCCAUAUUCAUAAGUAGACUGUAUAGAAAAUUGUGUAUAUAGUAAAGUAAAUAGCAAAGAAAUUUAUGUAAAAAGAGGUGAACUAUACAUAUAAAUAGAAUUUGGAAGGUAAGACACUUCUUAAUUUAAUGUGAAGUGUACAUUAUAGAAGGAAGUAAAUAGAUGAAGAGACGUAUAAAUAAAAUAAUUACAAAAUUGUCUUGAUGUGUUGAUAAAGAUACAAAUAAAAUAUUAUAUAAAUAAUAUAAAAAAAAAUAUAUGAUGAACUUGUUUUAUUGCCCAACAUCUACAAGAGAUCGACGAUAAUCAGAUAGAGUUUUGUGUGGCACUGAAAGCAUAUCUCACAUCUCUGGCGGUUAAGCAUAGCGCCAUAUCAUAAUUGGAACGUUUAAACAGAGCAUCGAGCAAAUUAUCCUACCGCAAUUUUCAU